AUGAUUCGCGGUCUUCGUCCAAACAAUAAGAGUAUUCCGGAUCCACCUAAAAAUGAAGUAAGGGAUCGAACUGAGGUCCUACUCCGUGGAAGAGCCGAGGAAUUGCUUCGAGUAUUUCACAGCCAGUCCGGAUUUACUUCAGUGAGAGAUGGUCUCACAAAAGGCAUCGAAGGGCACCGACCGACGUUAGUUUUACCGACAUUCUUCAGUUCCACGGCAGAGGCAGAACGGAAUGCAGCUGGUCUUCUAAAGAUCCAGAAAUCCGUGAAAGCAUCCACAUCCGCAGCGAGAAGCCUCAUCGACUUCGCCCACGACGUCUAUUUUAAACGAUACCCCGACAUUCGUUUUGACGGCUCAUGUGCCACUUUUCUUGCCUCAGCCUGUGUCACUUCACUUUAUGAUGUCUUUGAUUCCCGGACAGCAACACAGAAUGUCGAUUCUGUUUUCAAGACGGUGGAACAUGGGAUCCAAUGCCUGGAUUAA